AUGAAGGUCCUCCUCCUGCUCCUUCUCUCUCCCCUCCAAGGGGUGGGAGCCAGCAGCCGCCGGGAAGAGGAUUUCCGCUUCUGCGGUGACCGAAACCAGACCCAGAACAGCUCUGUCAUCUAUGAACAUGGCCCUGCCACCAUUUCCAUCGAGAACACAGCCCAGGCGCUGAUCAUAAAAAGGCCCUUUUUGCCAAGCAGGAGAAACUCUUACUAUAAGUACAGCUUGCCCCCCACUUUGGGCAGGUACCGCUUCUGCGUCUACUGGUUCAAGGCAAACAGGACCCUGAGCCUGGUGUAUGGGAAGCAGAGCUUCCUCCUUGGGGUGGACCCAUCCAGCAGCAUCACCCGGGACAAGGAGAGCCAGAAAACUGAAAGAACCAGCACCUCCAUCUUCAAUGUCUCCUAUAUCUCAAAAGGCGGAAAGAACACCUCCCUUGACAGUGCACCUGAAUACUUCUUCCCUGCCUCUCCAGAGACCAUGCCCAUCUGGGAGCAAGAUGUGGAGGAGCAGCUCAGCACCUUGGACAACCUCAUUGCUCAGUCCCCGGCGCCGGCCAUGGGAGCCACGGAGCAGUGCGUGCUCCGGCGCAAACUCGGGGAGCUGGAGAAGACGCUGGCCAAGGUGGAGCUCGAAGGGCAGAACCAGACCUUUGGGAAGGCCACUGUGCAUGCAACUGUCCUGAGGGUCCAGACCACUCCGGCUCCUCAGCAUCUGGCCUUUGCUUCCCAGAGAGAGGAGGGUGGAGAGGUCCAUGGGUACACAGUGGACCUGCCGAGCAGCCUGUUCGUGGUGGCAAAGGAGAAAGAAGAGGUAGUGGAGCACAGGGUGCUCCUUAUGGACAUCAACAGCCAGACCAUGUUCCAGGAUGAAAAUGGCAGCCACAUCCUGGGUGACAAGGUGGUUGGCAUCUCCCUGGUAGACAUGGUGGUGGCCAACCUCUCCGACCUAGUGGUCCUCACUUUCUUUCAUGACCAGCUGCCGAGGAACGUGACCCCAGUCUGCGUCUUCUGGCAGGAGGACACCACCGCCAGCUCUGGGAGCUGGGACAGCUAUGGUUGUACGACGGUGACGGGAGGCAGCCAGACGGACUGCAGAUGCAACCACCUCACCUACUUCGCUGUGCUGAUGGUAUCCUCCCCGGAAAUCACCUAUGUACACAGGGAUUACCUGAGCAUCAUAACCUACAUUGGCUGCCUGAUCUCAGCUUUGGCAUCAGUUUCCACCAUUGUCUUCCUCUACUUCAGAAGCAAGCAGCGAGACCAGAUCACGAGCAUGCACAUCCACAUGAACCUGCUGGUUGCCAUCUUCCUUCUGGACGUCACCUUCCUCCUCUCUGAGCACUUGGCUUCCAGCAGCGAGGCAGUUUGCAGAGCUGGAGGCUUCUUCCUGCACUUCUCCCUCCUGAGCUGCCUCACCUGGAUGGGCAUUGAGGGCUACAACCUCUACCGGCUCGUGAUCGAAGUCUUCAACGCCUACCAUGACCACUUCCUCCUCAAGCUCUGCCUGGUGGGCUGGGGGCUUCCUUUCUUCUGCGUGACGAUUAUCUUCCUGGCUAGCUGGACGAACUAUGGCCCCUUCUCCAUUCCCGUCUAUGAAUCCAUUGGUGGCAAGUCCACCAACGCAACCAUAUGCUGGAUCACAAGCCCUCUGAUCCAUAACGUCGUGAACCUGGGGUUCUUCAGCCUGGUGUUCCUCUUUAAUUCGGUCAUGCUGGGGGCCAUGGUUCGCGAGAUCCUCCGGCAGAACAAGAAAGGCCACAAGCUCAAGCACGUCCUGGCCCUCUUUGGGCUGAGUGUCCUGUUGGGCAUCCCCUGGGCACUGGUCUUCUUCUCCUUCACCUCUGGCGUCUUCCGCCUGAUCUCCCUCUACAUCUUCACCAUAAUCAACUCCCUCCAAGGUUUCCUCAUCUUCCUCUGGUACUGGACCAUGGUGCUGCAGGCGAGAAAGACCCCUGACUCGCAGAGCAGCUCUGACAGCGUCAAGCUGCAGCCCAACAGCAGCCAGAGCCACUUCAGCUGA